CCCCUUGCAAUGACGUCACAUAGCUACCACGUUUUGAUGUCGUCCGCCAUUUUGGGAGUCAAAUUACACACAGUUUUGUACACGCAUAUACGUGACGGCGCCGCCACAUGACGUCUUCCGCUCAAUUCCCCUUUGACCCGUCACCUUUGCCCUCCUUUUUUGGUUAAUUUAUCGAGAUCUGGGUACGGUACGUCGCCAGGCUCGGGUCAAGGUUUGUACAAAAUGGUACAUACUUGUGUUGUGGUGCGUUGUAAACACAGGAAAACAGCCGGGUCGGGCAUUUCUUUCUAUCGGUUUCCUACGGACGAAGAGCGUCGGCAAAAAUGGAUCAAUGCAAUAAAAUGUGAACCGGGUUGGAUGCCGAAUGACGGGAGCCGUCUCUGUAGUGCACAUUUCAUUUCUGGAAAACAGAGCAGAAAUCCUCUGUCACCGGAUUAUGUUCCCUCAGUUUUUCCAGACACGACAUCUCCUGACAAGAAGCGGAAGAGGACUGCUCUGGAACGGUUUGAAAAGCGUGAGGCACUAAAACUUCGCAGGAGAGAGAAUGCCGCUAAAGAAACAGCUGCACAGGCUCUAAUGACUUUGCAAACUGAAGCCUUAGAAAAGGUUCAAAUGGAACAAGAUUUGCAAGAGGAAGCAGCAGAGACUUUACUGAGUCUGCAAGUGCAUCAGCCAUCUAUGUCAUGUCAAUCUGCACAGCAAGCUUCAACUUCAACUUCUUCCCCUUCAGAUACAGUAAGUGCAGCCUCCAUUGAGUUAAAGUGUAGGAGACUGUUGGAGGAAAAUCAUCAUCUCAAAGAAACUGUAGAACAUUUGUCACUGUCAGAAAACAGCUUCAAAGAUGAUGACAAGGCGAUGAAGUGCUGGCAGACCGAGGUUUCAACAUUCAUGAUUCAGUAG